AUGAAACUCCGUUAUUGUAGAACAAAGCACCUUGUUCUGACCGUCCGCUUACGGCUCAACACAAAGAAUAUGCGGCUCGACAAGUAUUUAUUGACAGUAGAGGAGCACUUUGGCACUUUCUCACCACCGAACAUCUCUUAACUUCCUUGACAAUUGCAGCUUAGCCCUCCGGUAAUCCUCCAUCAGUCCCAUUGCUUCGCAAGGACAUCUAGUCUUGCUUCAGCCGUAUCGAAUACAAAAGCUGUACCCAACAUGAGUCUAGAAGAUGCCGAAAUCGCCAGAGAAAACGAGGCGACACUAGACGCUGUUACCGUCGACCUGAACAACCGAAUCCAAAAAUUCAAGGAGUCGCUAGACGAGGAGCAAUGCGCAGUCUUCAAUAUGAUGCAGGGCGGAAACAUGCGAGACAGAGACCAACUAGAGGCCAAGAUCUUAGGGCUCGAGCACCAGCUCUGGUCGCUGAAGCGGCCCGACUCUGCGGCAGCUCGGCGAGCCAAGGACCCAUUUGCCCAUGUCUGGGAUCCGAGUCUCCUGCGGGAUAGGGACGGUGAGGAAGAGGAGGCACGAGCCGCGGAGAACGCAAAUCCCGCAACGCACGCCCAGGCUGUCGGCCAAGGCGGUAACGAUCAGUCGAUCCGUUGGAGGCUGCUCAUCCUCAUCUUCUGCAACGCCGUCACGAUCUUUGCCGCCAUCGUAAUACAGGGGUGCAUGUGCGCUCAACAGGCCGAACUAGCACAUUGGACAUCAGCGAACGGCGCUUCGAGACUCUUUGAGCUGGACCAGAACUUUACUGCACUCAUCACCGUGGUACAGCUGGUCAGCAUGAUGGACUGCAUUGUAUGGGUCAGGACCAUACGUGACCAUUCCUAAUUUGAACAAAUGGUAGAUGCCUGAGUGUUGAAUAGCUUUUGGUCACUCAAGAAAAACAAAAGGAAGAGGGG